UGGGAACUUUUUUUUUUUAUUAUUAUUGCAAUCAACACAAUGAUGACAAAAUCUUUCUGUCAAACUCUCGGAUGAAUCAUAAAGCAAAAGAGCACGAUUGCGUUCGUCUAAUUCUUUACUACGCCAAAGUGAUUCUAUCGCAGGGAAAAUGGUCUAUUUCGUCACAGCAAGACUAUUUUCCAAUUUUAAUUAAUUUGAAAAUUAAAAAUAAACUAAUUAAAUCCAAUUGAAUGGUGAAAGUUUAUGGAAAUGCCACUGCUUUGCAAUUUCAUUGAACGCACCCAUUUCGACAAUAUUCUCUCUCCGAAAUUCUUUGUUUGUGCGUAUGUCAGCUGUCAUUCUGCGAGCUAUAUUAUUGCCAAUGACAAAAAUAAAAACAAAAAAGAAUGUUGCAAACACCCUAGAACGAAUAGAUUGAAGAAAAAAAAAAUAUGAAAAGAUAACUUGCAGUUUUUACUAUUAAUUGACGUGCAGUGUGUGUGUGUGUGUUUGCUAAUGAGUAGAUAAGGUAUAUUUUGUACAGCUGAAAGACGAAAUAAGUACACUAGGAAAAACAAAUGUUGAAUAGAUUAGAAAGUAUGCAAUCAUUGCGUGGAAAUUUAGCAAGUUUACCAAAUGCAUUGAGCCAUUUGAUAAGCACUGCAACGUCGCCAGUCGAAGGAACGAAUUGUUUGCCACCGAAUUUGACGAGUCCUUCGUUUGACAGUGAUACGGUGGCAUCGGUGUCGGGUGACGAUAGUUCGGAUAAAUCACACGCCAUUCCGAAUAGUUUGAUUAAGGAACAGUGGCAAUUGGUGCUAGAAGAGGAUGCUACUAUCGAUGAAUUGACGACUGCCAUUGAAAAAUGCAAAGAAUUGGUGCUUAAAACGGACGAAUGCUCCACGGAACGAAAGUGGUUGGUUAGACAUUUGGUUGAGCUACGAUUUAGACUACGGGAAAUGGAGGAUGCUAAUGUUGAUCACUCAAAAACAUGGGCAUCGUACAGAAUCAUUCUCGGCCAUCAUUUUGUCGAUCAUCACAAUCAAAAGCCCAGUCAAACCACCGUUCGACCACACUGCGAUCAUUGCACAGGUAUCAUUUGGAGUGUCGUUCAGGCAUCGUACAUAUGCAUCGAUUGCAAUUUUCGGGUUCAUUACAAAUGUAUUGAGAGUAUUGUCAGGGUGUGUGCUCAUGUGAUCACAUCCGAACGCAAAGAACCAUUAGACGAUAUAUGCCCCGAGACUGGACUCUCAUUCCAAGCGUACAAAUGUGCCGAGUGCAAUACUUCUUUAAGCUUUAAGGGUGGAUGGGUUGAACCACGCAUUUGUGACUACACUGGACUGUAUUACUGUCCAACAUGCCAUUGGAACGAUACGGCAGCGAUUCCAGCACGCAUUCUGCACAAUUGGGAUUUCACACCGUACAAAGUUUGUCGAGCUACAUUACAGGAAAUGACAUUGACUAUGGAUCGGCCAGUGAUCGAUUUGGAAGAGAAAAAUUCCAAACUCUUUAUCUAUGUACAAAAUUUGAGUUUAGUGAAAAAAUUACGGACUAAUUUAAAUGAUAUGCGACGUUAUUUGACCGAAUGUCGAAUUGCAACCAAUGGAAAAAUAUUGGAAAAUGCCAUCGGCGCUCGACGUCAUUUAGUACAAUGCACAAAUAUGUACAGUAUAGCCGAUUUGAUUGGCGUGGAAAACGGGACGAUUAUUGAAUUUUUGAAUAAAACAUUCGCUACAUUCGAGCAACACAUUCGAAAAUGUGAAUUAUGCUCGGGCAAGGGAUAUUUGUGUGAAAUUUGCAGCAAUGUUGAAGUGUUAUUUCCAUUUGAUGAUGGUGCUAUUCAUUGUAAAAAGUGUAAAACGGUCUUUCAUCGCGCCUGUUGGCUGCGAAAAAAUCAAAAAUGUCCCAAAUGUACACGCAUGGAAUAUCGACGAUCGCUACUGCAACAGUCUGAAGAAGACGAGGCAAACGCCAAUAAAUCACCACCAAUCUCAACCAAUACAUAGACAUUCGAAUCAUUUUCAGAUAUUCGAAACGAUAACAUUAUUAAUUUAGAUUUUAGACAAAUGUGCUCUUUGACAUAUAUUUUAACUAAGAUAUGCUGCUAUCAAAACUAUUUGUUUUUUAUACGAAUUAUAUAACCAAGAGAUUUGUAACAUUCAUUUUUAUAUUUAUGAAUAUAUGCGAUAUCGGCUGCUGAUGCAGGCAGCACAAAUGAUAA